GACCCGUCCGCCAGACCCACAAUCCCCCGCGCCGAGACAAGAUGGAGGAGAGCAGCAGCUGCAGGAGAGCGGUGUUUGGGCUUUAGAGACUCAAAGGAACGAGUGAGAAAAGAGAGAAAAAUACCGACGCAGAGAGCCACCGGCGGCCAUGCACAGGAUAUUUGCUUUUGGCUCCAGCUAGUUUUCUGCCAGUGAUCACCAUGAGUAUUAUUCAAGACAAGCUUGGCAACGAGUUCCUUCGGAAUGGCAGCAUGGAGCCCAGCUUCCCGCCCGGAAUGAUCAUGUUCAGCCACCUCCCGCCGGUGACCAGCUUCACCCGCCUGGCCGCCCAGUCCGUCAUGCAGGACAUACCUCAGGACAUGAUCCUCAAGAAGGAGCGCGACUCCCCCGACGGGCCGGCUGACUUCAUCCACGCCAUGGGCAUCAAGCAGGAGAAGACCAGCGACCACGACUACCGGCUGCCCAUGUACGGGACCUCUGGGAAGAAUACCGACCUGCUGGAGGCGUCUCUGGGAAACCAAAACCUACUGGUGCACGAUCUGAGCCUGAGCAGAGAUCUGUCAGGUAGGCUAGUGAAAGAGACAAAGGAGUCUUUGGGACGGAAGGCCAGGCGGUCAAAUGGUGAAGGUCAGGGCGCCAAGCCGAGGAGGAAGCGUGGGGACUCCUCGAAGUCCAUGAUGUUGGAUGGGGAUGGAGGUAGCCUGUCUCCAAGCUCCAAACCCCACAUUUGUGAUAAUUGCAAUGCAGCAUUCAGGAGUUCCUAUCACUUGCGGAGGCAUGUGCUUAUCCACACAGGAGAGCGGCCGUUCCGCUGCGCCCAGUGCAACAUGAGCUUCAUCCAGAAGUAUCUUCUGCAGCGCCAUGAGAAGAUCCACAGUGGAGAGAAGCCGUUCAGCUGUGACCAGUGCAACAUGAGGUUCAUUCAGAAGUACCACAUGGAGAGACACAAGAGGACUCACAGUGGAGAGAAGCCAUAUAAAUGUGACACCUGCCAACAGUAUUUUUCCAGGACCGAUCGAUUAUUAAAGCACAAAAGAACCUGUGGAGAAGCCAUAAAGAAAGGAAUGGACGCCGGGACCUCGGAGCAGGGGGGCGCCGAGAUCGGACAGGGCAGCUACGCAAUCACUCAGGGAAACACAAGUGCUUCCGGCCGCAAAAAGGGCAAAUCCAAAAACUCUUCCGGCGAGGCCGGCGAACGGAAAAAGAAGAAGGGGAGCGAAGCGCAGAUGCCAAGUAACCUUAACCUGCAGGACUACGCCGUUGAAAUUCCCAUUGUGUCUUCGAGUAACAGUAUGCCAGGCACCAGUAUGCACAGCCAGCAGGCCCGAGCGCCCAAGCUCGUCUUCAAGAAAGUCAGCCGGAAGAACCCGGAGAAGAACGAGCUGUCCCUGGGGGACUCCCCAGCGGACCUGGUCGGGCAGAAGCUGCUGUCGGACAAGCCGGGGUCCCUGGACCUCGCUAGCAGCUCGGGGAUGGACAACAUGAGCCUCCUGCAGGGCUCGGGUUCGAAGCAAGGCCCGACGAGUAGCAGCAACUACGACGAUGCCAUGCAGUUUCUGAAGAAGCGCCGCUACCUGCAGGCCGCUGGCGGCGCCGCCGACUACGGGGUGAGCGUGGGGCACCUGCCCUCCCAGCAGACUGUCAUUCAGGGUGUGGUGACCGGCGUCAUGGACAGCGACGCCCCCCCGCUGAACCUCCUGGACUCCUCCCCCAUGAAUGUGGACAUCAAGCACGACAAGUCCGGCAUCCCCGACGAGGUGCUGCAGAGCCUGCUGGACCACUACUCCCAGAAGCCCGACGGCGCCCACGAGGUGCCCUUCGACCUCGCCGACCAGCACGUGGACAUCCACCCCUCCGGGGACAGCGCCGAGAUCGUGGCCGAGGACUCGCCCUCCUCCUCGGGCGACAAGGCCGUCAUCAUGCACGAGUACUCCAAGUUCCUGCUGCAGGCCCUGGAGCGGACCAGCCACAACAGCAGCUUCGCCCUGGGCCCCGGCGGGCCCUUCUCCAGCCUCUCGGCCAGCACGCACCCCGGCAGCACCUUGUUCUCCGACAAGCACGUCUACACCACACCGGCCCUGGAGUGCGGCUUCAGCCAGUCCCUGACCUCCGUGCUGCCCGCCGCCCUGCCAAAGUCCCACUUCGGGAUGCUGGCCGUCGCCUCGCAGCCCAGCUUCCACCUGGGCGGCCUGGACACCGCCCACCAGCAGCUCACCCCGUCCCAGGAGCUGACCGAGCAGCUGGAGCAGCAGCAGAAGAACAUGGAGCACUCCCCCACCUUCCAGAUGACGCCCCAAGACCUGGGGGGUCAGAAGGAUCAGGCCAAGAACCCCCCGUCCGGCUACCAGCUGUCUGGGCAGGACCUGGCCUCCCAGAUCGACCCCUCCAAGGGGAUCGACCUCCGAGCCACCUACCAGAUCGAGAACUUCGCCCAGGCCUUCGGGUCCCAGUUCAAGUCGGGCAGCAGAGUGCCACUGGCCUUCAGCACUAACUCUAGCGGAGAGGUUGACCACAGAAUACGGACUCCCGUCUCAGAAUUCUCAGGGUAUACUAGUUUGUUGGCCGACGUAAAUGAGCCAGUUAGUACAGGAGCAAAGACCCCAACAAGCCAAAGUUACAGGUAAGGUCUUAGGUGCGACCUGGUUGGAGGUUGUUUUUGUUUUUCUUUUUUUAUGUUUUAAGUAAAGUUAUGUUUUAAUUAUUACACUGCCAUUAGAAUGUUUCUACAAAAGUCCUACCAGGAAUGGUGUAUGUGACGUCCUUCCAAUGCAAUUUUUUUUAUUCUUUUUUUUUAAAUUGUACGUAGUCAGUUUUAUUCAUAUUAGCGUAAUGAUGAUAGGUCAGAUUGUAAAAUGAAUUUUAAGCAAAAUUAGGGUAGCUGAGGACUGGCUUAAUUAUUUUUCCAUCGACUUCUGUGUUUUAGCAAUCAAACUUUACAAUUGUACAAAAUAAUAAACUUGUGGCAGGGAAUAGCCCAGAUUUGAAAUAGCAAAAAAAGAUAUCGUCUGUUACAUGGAUAUUAAGUAUUACUCAGGAAAAUAAUGACGAGUGUAAUAAGGAGAGUUUAUGAAGUGCAGCAUGCACUCUGUUAGAGAUCUAGGUUUCGACCACAGGAAAAAAGUAGCUUCAGUUCUUAUUCCUUUUAGAAAUGAGUGCAAAAGUAAUGAACCUGCUUCCUGUGCAGUUACACUGAUAACACUUUUCCCUUAGAUUCUGGUACUUUUUGUUUGAUGUGAAACGCCCAGUUUCUGUCAGUAAGGGCCCAUAUAUAUUUAUAUGAAACGGAUCAGCUGUUCUGGGGCACUACAAAGCGAGAGGCGUUUUAGAAGGACAUUUGUUAGCCUGUUGAAAAGAGAAGGCUCAUGUUGGGCUCCGAGUCUCGGGAAUCCCGGCACGCGUGUUGCAGUACGGAUUGCGUACUGGGGUUCUGAGUCAUUGUUUGCAUGAGUGCCUCCAUUUGCAAAGUUAUUAGCGUAGCCCGGCCAGCAGCGGUGCCCUCCCCGGGGCCUGUAGUUAGAAGUCCUAGCAUCACUGUAGCAGUAGUGUAGGGGUGACUCUGGGUGUGCUGUAUGCCUGCCUAGCACAUGCGGGGUGUUAUUGUCGUAAGGUGAAGUGGCACGCUCUGAUGGCUGGCUCAUGUCUUUUCUAUAGGAAUCUGAUAAGCACUUUUAAUACCUAGUCACGAAAUAACAAGAAACACCAGUUAGAUUGCAGACAAACACAAGGGAACUGACCUGUGGCUAGAGGUGAUUGUUUUGUAUUGACCGAAGAUCUUGUACUGGGAACAGGACGGGGGUUAUUUCAUAAACUCGCCAGGUUUCUGGGUGUUUAUCAUGAGCGCCGUGUGAGCGAAUCUGUGGAUGCCGAUGACCUCUUUUGGACAGUAUUGAAGCCGUUCGAACAGAAAAGGGGGCAGAGUGACUCCAGAAUUAGACACUUCGAAAGGUGUCCGACUUGGUUUUGAAUUUUUUUUUUAAAAUCCUACCUCUGAAAUCAUACGUCACAUUUCAGAUCAAAAUUUCCAGCUUCGAGGUCCCCCCUAUCCCAGCAGGUACCAAGAAGUGAAAAGGGUGAGGUGCAAGAUGCUUCAGAUGCAAAAAAAAAUCACUGGACAUAAACCUGUUUACCAAAAAAAAAAAGAAACUCAUGCCUGAUAAAGAAGUGUUAUUUCUACAACUGAAUUUUUGCAAAAAAAAAAUGAUUGCGCUGUCUUCCGUGCUAUUUAUUAACUGUCCUGGAAUGGCAGAGGGGGUUGAUAUUUGUGUUUUUUUGGGGGUCCUAUGUGAUUGAGCCCUUUAAAAGGAGCGGAGAAAAAAAGACUGCAAGACUUGUCAUAUCAUAGGGAACAGAAACUGACCACUCAAAAGAGGCGCUAUGUUUUAAAUUAGAAUUGACCUUUAUAUACCUCAUAUCACUGUUUAAACGUAACCAGGGACACAUGUAUUCAUGUAUGUAGCGGAGAUGCUAUAGUGUGUAUUAACCAUAUUGUAUAACCAUAUUACAUCUUUUUAUGUAAACAGUGUUUACAAAAUGUGGAGAAAAAGUUUUUGUUUUGCUCUGUAAAGCAUUAAAAGCCAGGCAGUGUGCAGUCUCUGUAAGUACCACAUUGAAUUUGUUACUAUGAAUUUUUAUUUUUUGCCAUAUUGUGUUUUAAUAUGAUUUAGACAGGUUUCGUUUACAAAUAUGUAUAAAAACACUAAACUGCUUGUUUCUUUCUUUGUUUUAAACUUCAGAUCCGCAUGGUAUAAAAAAGAUUUUAUACAGCUCUUUUCCAGGUGUCUCCAUACCAAAUUUGUAACAGAUGUUUUUUUCUCCCUGUCUAUUCUUAUUCUUUGUCAUCUGUUUUUUUUUUUGGUUUGUUUUGGAAGCUUGUGAACUGAUUCGCAGGGCUGUACCCAUUAAAUAAAUCUAUAAAUGAUUAGAAAAAAUAAUUGUUAUCCACACUUCUUGCACAAACAUGAAUUUGAGUGCUCAGAAAAACAAUGUAGGUAUUUGUAAAGGUGAAUGUGGGGCAGGGGUUGAGAUUUUAGUAGGGCUGUGAUUUCUCAUUGUCUUCUAUACUAAAGGUGUGCACACACACCAUUUUGGGACGGCUGUGAUCCUUCCUAACCAAUUGUCAUCCUACUUGCUUCAGGAGUUUUAACACAGCGGAAUAUAGCUCUUACAGCUAUAUACAGAUGUUCAGGUAGCACGGUUCUGUGUUCUGUAAAGUCCACUUUUAUUAAUGGACUUAUCCACACUAAAUGUUUUCAGUGGGUUUCUUUUAAGGUUUGCAGGUUACCUCACGCUAAAGACUAAACCUGAGCACAGGGUCAUUAAUGUGUUUUUUUAUCUGCCCUGGGAAAACACUGAAUAAGCAUUUGGUGUAUCUUGCCAAUUGUUUUGAUUUUCAAAUUGUACUGGAUAUGUUUGGUUCUGAGAGUUUCAUAACCUUUGCUGUGCAAUAAACU